CGAACGCCGUACACUACGGAUGUUUAUUUCAUUGAUCCUGACGUCUGCGUCUUUGAGUUGUCAGAUACAACUUUAAUUGAUCAACUAUCUUUUUGUCAGACGCCAGGAGGAGAAAAUGUUUAAGCACAAUUAUCAGGGGGGAGCUGGGGUGGAGGUUUUCAGUGGACAAGGUAAAGACCCCGUGGCCAAGUGGAAACUUUAUGGAGGCCAGUCUUCCAUACGGAAAGAGUAUGACAAAGGGGUCAAAGGAUUUGUUUACUGUCUGGAGGGGAGCAGCAAGUCUGUGAAGAUGCAUUUGCCAGAGAAUGGGAAAAUGUCAUUGGGACUUCUUCAAAGAUUCUUGGCCAUUCAAGUGAAUAUUCCUGAGGGCAAAGACUUUUCUAUGGAGCUUGUAAUAACUGAUGUCGGCCACCUGAAACGGCGACUGUACUUAUCGACCGUGCAUAAAGAGUUGUCUGCCACACUCUGGCAUGCAAAACUACCUCUGGCAGGAGUGAAACGCAAUAUUUGGACCACAUUGUUUGUCGACCUGGUGUCCUUCACGGGGGAGUUAUUCAAGGCCACUGGAUUUUUGUCCUUGGAUGGCAUCACCUUGUUUGCCAAUUGUAAAGUGCGAAGAAUCUUCACUGUGAAAACGGAACCAACUGUAAUGACAAGUGAUGGUAUGUUCUUUAAUGGGGCCGGUGUUAUGGAUCAGAUCCCUCGCAGCUGCCAGUUUCCACCAAAUGUUUGCCACGAGUGUCAGGUUCUGAACAUGAGCGUCUUGCGGAAGGCCAAUUUGAAAACAACUCAAGCGAACACAGACUGUGGACCUGACCAGCAUCCUGCUGUCAGAUCAACCACUUCUUACAGAAGCAAGCCGCAGGCAGCUCCACACACAGCCUCAGGCUCGAGAGCCGAUGCAGCGGCAACACAUGCUAGUAAAAAAGGUGGCCCCGCUGCAAAUGGGAUGGAAAAAGGAGAACCCUCCACUGAAAAAACGGCAUACUUAAAUCCGACACACCAGCAAAUUAAUGUGGAGAUUGAAGAUCCAGAAGCAUCACACCUUCAUCAAGAGGGAGCACCCUCCAGCUUGCAGCCGCAUCCUCCAGAAGGCAAAGUGCUCAACAAGCAAGCAUCUGAGAGGAGAAAGUUACGAGUCCAAAGCACAGCAGCAGAGAGGCUCCAAGCACUACUGGAUCCUGCUAAUGUUAGCCACAGCAGGAGAAACGAGUCCAGGGAGAAACACAGCCCUCCAUCAAGUGGACUGGAGAGCAGACAAGAAACUUUGACCCCAAAAGAAACGGCACAGGUUCUAAAAACAGACGAAUUCAGUUUAAAUUCACCAGAUGCAAGUUCACCCCCACCGACGCUGGCAGAGCCUCUUCCCAGCUCGACCAGGCCCGCUUCCCCUCGUGACCCGCAGGUCCGGAGCUGCUGGGAGAGUAAUGAUGAGGAGCCAGAGCUACAGCUUGCUCUGCAGGAGGAGGUGUUCACUUUCGUGUCACCGCCCCACUCACCCGAAAGAGGCCAAGGCCGGGGUAAGCAGAAGAUGGAGAUGAGAGACGAUCAGGUUCAAAGCCCAAAUGGGACACGCAGUGAGGCCCCGCCUGAAGAUGAUUUCAUUGGCAGUGAAAGUGAUGAGGAAAAGGGCUACAGUGCAUUCCCACAUCUGACACCAAGUGGAGACUCCAAUCCUGACUUAUCCCAAUGUCUUGAUCUAAAUUUGGAACUUAAAGUCGCAGAGUAUCAAAACACUGAGCAAACAUCGUUUGAAGAUCUUUCUCCAGCUGCCGGUGACCUGCACCUGCAGUCUCUAUCUAGCAAGACAGCAGAAAAUGAUGGGAUGGCUCCCAGACCCUGUCACUCAUCCCGUGGUAACAGACAGGAUGAGAGGUGUGGGCCAAUUGAAGUAGAAGAAGGAAACCAGGCGGUGGAUGGGAAAAACGACAUAACCCUGUCAAGGAGCAGUCUUCGAGAAGUCAUAUUGGAUGACCCACUGAAGGAGGAAGACAACACAAGCCAGCCUAGUGAUUCUGGUGAUUGGCACUUAGACCCAACCAGUAGCCUACAAUUGUACAUGGUGGAUGAUGAUGAGCUCCAAAUGCUUGCGAGUCUCAAAAGGGAGCAGGAGGAAGAUGAACACAAAGCCUCGGGCCUCACUGCAUCGCAGAUCCACCAGUGUAACGUCAGCAUGAGUCUAAGCAGUGAGGACACGUCUACCUGGACGCACAUCUCCAUGCCAGGUAAUCAAGGUCAGCACUACCAGAAGGAAAUGAACCCGUUCCAGUGCGGAAACCCAAGGGAGUGGAUGGAUGUGCUCAGCCCCCCCAUUCUGCCUCCUAGCAGCCAGAGAAGGUCAGACAACACAAGUAACCAUCGUCAGGAUCUAAUCCGAGGAGGGAAGGAGUCUGAAAAUGAAGAGAUGGAAGACGAGUAUUUAAAUCUGCUCUAUGAUCCUUGCCUCAACUGCUAUUUUGAUCCAGAGACGGGGAAAUACUAUGAACUAGCUUGACAGCUUGAAAAGCUUGAAAGGUUGCAAGAUUCUAAGUCAAUAAAUCAGAGGACAUUGACAGUGAAUGAAUGGUAGCAGGAUUGUAUUAUUGAUCAGCAAUAAAGAUCCUGCAGGGAGGAGGUUUUCAUGUUGCUGUUUUUUGUGAUGCUAACUAAUGACAUCACCCGUGGUCUUGUUAACAUGUAAAAGAGAGGAAGACUCAUGUUUGUUUUUUCACUUUUUUUAAAGCUGUCGCUUAUUUUAUUAGCACAUCUGCUGGUUAAAGCUCUAUUACCAAAAUCUUGGCUAACGGAUAAAUGGUAAACUAUUUGUAAGAACAUGCCGGAAAGUUUUUUUCUUUUCUCAAUUCAAACUGAUUUGGAUUCAUAUUUGAUUCUGCUGCUUUUAUUCAUCAUUUGUGCUGUAUAUACAAUAUAUAUUAGGUGAAUUUCAAAUUAAUUGCAAUGUAGCUGUGCUGAAUACAAAUACCACAAAAAAUACUUAACAUAAUAAAAAGACUUAACAAAUGCAUUAGAAAUGUUAUAAUACAAUUUUUGUUCACUCUAAAGUAUCCUCUGUAUUAAUUAUAAUGCCAACUAAUAAAAUGUGGAAAAACUUGCAUGGGUGAUAUUUUUUUUCUGAAAUAAAGCAA